AUGAUCCUCAAACACCUUUGCGCGACGAUUCUAGCUAUCCAUGGAGCAACUGCUCUACCUCCAAGCCCAGUUGAGGCUGCGGCUGCUGCAGUUCCAACUCUGAUCAAUGGGUGGUACUUCAUACGGGCUGUCGCGGCGCCAAACUACCAUAAGUAUCUUCAGAGCAAACCUACUACUUCCUCAUCCACCGCAUAUCUGGAUGCAGCCGAAGGGGCGGGACAAUUCAACAUUAUUGACGGCCAGCUUGUCUACUAUACUGGGUCUGCGGAGCUGUACCUACAUGUAGAGCAGCCUACAGACUUGACCCAAAGAAAGCUUCAAACUUGGUUCGAGACGGGCAAAAAUACAUUUGGUACAUUUGCAUUUCAAGGAGACGCUGUAACUUGGAGCGUGAGCCAGAUCACAAGACCUAAUACAGCGGCCUGGUUUGUGUGUGAGAAUCAGGAGCUCUUUAUCAAUACCGGCGCAUAUGGCUACCAGACCCCAGCGGGGUGUGCUGAUCAGACGAUUCACUAUUACGGCGGAUCAACACCCGAUGUUUAG